UAUAAAUUCAAAUGCGGUUGGAUAUACAAAAUCUGGACCGGGAAUUAGCUGGAAUACCAAUGCCCCUAGGAAGUGCCUCCCUUGGAAUAUGUUGUCUUUUUGACUAACCGGCUACUGGCUGUUGACGUAGAUCAUGUCUGUAAGUGUCGAGUUCUUACUCUUGAAGAAAUAUGAAAGUGUCGAGCUAAUAACAACAAUAGAUGAAUCAUCAAUCUUGCAAGAUUUUUUUCGCAAGUAGGGUUGAUAGCAAUAAUUGUGUAGCUUUCAAGGCUAUUUUCGAUCAGCCAGAUACUUACAACGAAGGAAAAUCUAGGUUGCAGAAUAUUUGGGAGUAAGUUUAUAUGGCUCUACAUACAUCCACAGCGAUUCUAACGCAAACUCUAGUCAACUUCCUAGCGAUACUAAUCACGACUAUGCUGGAAUGGACCAAAAGGUAUCUAAGCCGGGAAAAGAGACCAAAAUGUGUGAACUAAUAACCAAGAGAUAAGCAUCGUCAAAGCACAAGCUUUCAAAGGCCACUGCAACAAAGUUAUACGAGCGACGAUGGGAUAUUGGCCUACAUCUUCGAAUUGGCCGUCGCAAUUGCCAUAACCAAUGACGAUGCUAUCGCGUCUCUUUUCCGAAGCACAAAUCUCCGUAUUUACCAAGCGCUACUUGGUGUUGAUGCGGUUAUUGGAGCUACCAAUAGUACUACGUCCAGUCUUAUGAAGCCAGAUGUGAGUACUACCUCCUAACUGUUUACGCACCACUCUAACAUGGUUUCUCCUUGAUGCUAUAUAACACGAUCCUACCUAAAUCAAAUUCCGCACUCCAAGGCUCUCUCUUGAUUUCUACUUUUAGAAUAAAAGCUAGCCCUGAUUCUUUUUCUCCAGUAAGCAUCCACUUAUCGGACCUACCUCACCAACCUCCUAACCGCACGCUCCUCAGCCAUCCUGUCCCAAGUCUC